AUUGUAGUCUGUGUAGUUGUAUUCGCCAACAAGUGGAAGAAAGGCAUCCAAAAGAGAAUUCGACAAGCACACUUCAAGAAAAAUAAAGGCCUACCCUUGCAGCAGUUGAUCUCAGAUGAAAGCGCCACAAACAAAACAAAGAUAUUCUCCUUGGAGGAACUAGAGAAGGCAACCAACAACUUUGAUGUCACUCGUGUUCUUGGUCAUGGAGGACAUGGUAUAGUUUAUAAAGGGAUUCUAUCUGACCAAUGGGUGGUGGCUAUUAAAAAAUCCAAAAUUGUGGAGCAGACUGAGAUAGACCAGUUUUUCAAUGAGGUUGCUAUCUUAUCUCAAAUCAUCCAUCGCAAUGUGGUGAAGCUAUUUGGUUGUUGCCUCGAAUCUGAGGUGCCUUUUCUGGUGUACGAGUUUAUAUCUAAUGGUACAUUGCAUGACCUUCUUCACGUUGAUGUUACUGCCAAAUGCUUGCUGUCAUGGGAUGAUCGCAUUAGGAUUGCGGUAGAAGCAGCAGGGGCACUUGCUUAUCUGCAAUCGGCUGCUGCAAUACCAAUUUUCCAUAGAGACGUGAAAUCUUCUAACAUACUAUUGGAUAGCAGCUUCGCUACAAAGGUUUCUGACUUUGGUGCUUCAAGGUCUCUUUCCCUCGAUGAGACUCAUGUGAUGACUAUUGUCCAAGGAACAUUUGGUUACCUAGAUCCAGAGUAUUACCAUACCGGGCAGCUAACUGAAAAGAGUGAUGUGUAUAGUUUUGGACUAAUACUUGUGGAACUUUUGACAAGAAAAAAGCCAAUUUUUAUCAAUGGUCUAGGUGCAAAACAAAACCUGUACCAUUAUUUCGUGGAAGGAUUGCAAGAGGGAGCUAUCAUGGAAAUAAUGGAUCCUCAGGUUGUCAAAGAGGCAAAUCCGGAAGAGAUUGAUGAUAUUUGUUCACUUGCAGAAGCAUGUUUGAGACUCAAAGGAAGAGACAGACCUACUAUGAAAGAAGUAGACAUGAGGUUGCAAUUUCUGAGAACUAAGAGGCUAAGAAAAUGCAAAAUUCUCCCGGCUAUUGAUGGAGAGAUUGAUUGUUUUUUAUGCCCAAAGGUUAGUAACUCUGAUGCACAGAUGAAGGUUGUCAAUUCUGGUAAUUCAACAUCUGAAGGUAUCUCCCGUUGCUACAGUCAAGAGCAAGAACUUUCAUCCUCAGUCACUUUGCCACGCUAA